UGGCUCACCUGGGCCUGUAACUGUAUCCUCUCUGGUCAGGGUAUGGCGGCAUCACCAAUAUUGGACACCAUCUACGUCUCGGCAGUAAUGGACAUCUUGCUGGCAAAUAUGGUUAUGGAAGAAUACCCCACGAAGUGCAACCUGUUGGGUUUGACCCUCAGAUGAGGUCUCCUGGUGCCGGACAAUACGGUCAUGCGGCUUUACCUUAUCACUCGGGUCUUCUUGGAUUUGGACCAAAUGUGAACUAUGGUGGUGUUGACGGUUCCUAUGGGUCACAAGGCCUCGGAGGUGAAGGGAAGCCUGCCGGGAAACAUGUGGAUAAUCUGCCACUUCACCAGAGCCAGCCUCUGCAAGCUCCUUCUGACAGCCGAUCAGGUUCACCUUAUGAACCCCAGCCAGGUACAGCUGAGAACGCCAACGCGGGAGGCGAUCCAAACCUGUCGCGAGUGGGCGAGGGCAUCGCGAGUAAUAAAUAUGAAAAUGUGGGUUACAUAAGUGGAAGCAAACUGCAGCCAGAAGUCAUUUCACUUCCAGCGGCACCCACUCCCUCGUCGCCCGACUCAGUCUUCACACCAGCGCAAACAGACGACCUAUCUUCAGACCUCCCGGGCACUGGCAACCUCGCCUUCAAUUCGGAGGCGGACGGGCGGGCUGCCGCCCAAGGGUCAGAACAGCCCGACGACCCAGCGCAGAUCCCGCGGCAGCUUAACAUCCAGCAGCACCUCAAACUGCAAUUUCACCCUCAAGGCAAGAGACACAAAUUCAAUUGGUUUAAAACAAAACAAAAAACUAAUUUUUGACACUUGCCUUCAGGAUCAAAGAACGCAAAAUAUGACCUAACUGGCUUCUUUGGAAACGGUGGCUACCAAGGUUAACGCUGCUGUCAUCACUUCAUUCCUCUGUGUCAUUGUACAAUAGUUGUCCUCACUUGCAGAUUGUAUAAUUUUAUUUACUCCUUUAUAUUGUUCGACUUUUUUUUAUGGAUUGAGUUGCCAUAUUAUCUGUAUUAUUUUUUAUAAAAAUAUACCUCUGA